AUGAGUGAACCAGAGAAAAAGGAAGAGACUGAAGCUCCACCAGCUGAACCCCCAGCUGAAGGCGAGCCACCAGCAACCUCAAAAUCUAGCAAGAAAAGCGAAAAACCAAAGAAGAAGAAAUUAUCGAAGAAAGAACUUGCAAGACUAAAGCGUGAAAAGGCCGAACAAGAGCGUCUUGAACAAGAAAAACUUGAAGCCGCUAAAAAAGCUCAGCAAGAAAAGGAAGAAGAGUCCAGAAAGAGAGCUGAGCAGCAACAAAGAUUAGAAGAAGAAAAGGAAUAUAUUAAGAACUUCAGACUUCAAAAGGAAGAGAAAAUACAAAAGAUUGUUGCUAAUUUUGAAAAAACAGAAGACUGGGAACUUUUCAGUCAAUGUAGUCAUGCAAUUGAUGUUCGUUCUGAGGCUGAUGUCAAUACAUUCAUAUCACAGUUAUCAGAAGUGAAUGAAACUGAUAUUAAUCAGCUUUUCGAGCACAUUCAUUUAGCAAAAGUUAUCGAAAAUCAAUUACGUGAAAGAUCAGAGAAAGCGCAGCUUGCCAACAGAGUUCCUUUAUAUACAAGAUGCAACAGACAAAUUGAUACAUUACAACAAUUAAUCAAUCAAAAAAUCGAAAACAUUACAGUAAAUCACCUUGCAUUCAGCGAUAAAUUCUCUGGUGCCAAAGGUGAUGUACAAAUCAAUGGUGGAUCCGAUGAUAUUACAUAUGGUAUGUGGGUAAAUCUUUCAAAGAAUCCAAGAAUUAAAGAUGUAACAGUUUGCCAAGGCGUUACAGUUGAAAUUCCAAAGCCAGUCGCUAUGGCAUCUGUUGCCAUUCGUGGAAUUCGUAACAAAGAGAAGCCAUUUGAUGAAAAAUAUCUUUUCAUCGAUCGCCUUCUUCACUGCGACUUCUUACAACUCCCUGCUCCUCCAAAGCACAUAGGAACCAUUACUAUUCGUCAGCCACCUCACAGUUCUUCACUUGUAAAGAUCGCAUAUCCUCUCAAAAACGCCAACGCUCCGCAGCCACCUCUUAACUUCCGUAUGGCUCUUGACGAAGCAUCUCUCAGCGAAUACUGCCAGGAUGCUACAAUUGUCAUGAUAAAAGACGGAAAACCAGAUGCAUCUCCAAUUACAAAAUGUUCGAUCGAAGACAACGAUGUUUUGUUUAGUUCCAAUCUCAUUGGAACAUUCGGACUUGCUGUACCUCGUUACAGGCAUUUUCCAUUCCAAUUCUGGGAAAUUUCCAGUCAAUCACCAACAUCCGUUGAAAUUUACAUCCAAACACCUGUUCUUCAGCUCGCGUUAGUUAUCAACGGCGAUGGACUCGUUUCCAUGGAAUCUCCAUUCAAAUUUGAAAAUUUGACACCUGUUGCAGCCAUGAAUUUCCUUCUCGAACGCGGCAUCAAUCUCGAAGCUCCCGAGGCCAUUGAAGGCAUAGAGCCGAAGAACGCGAACGUGGAAGAAGUUCUCCACACAGGUAUCGCUGAUGUCGCAGUUGGAUUUGCGAUCAGAUGUUCGAAAUUCAACAGCGAAAUACAAAGUGACAGAGCGAUGUUACUUUUCAGGGAAAAGACGAAUUACGAGGAAGAACCAAACGAAGACGAUGAUGAGAAGAACAUCAAGGAGAGCCAUGUAAUCAUUGUAAAGGCUGAUCACAUUGCGGAAGUCGAAAACAUGGAAUUAGGUGACACUGUUUCUCAAAAAGCAGUGAAAGAAGCAAAGAUUCACCAACUUUUGCUACCAAUGUUCUUCGAUAACGCAAGUGAGGAUGUGCAGAAGACUGUUAGAGAGGCACCACCGUUCUUGUAUAAUGCAUUGCUGUUCUUCAUGAACAAACUUAGACUGUUUUCAAUGACUCAAUAA